GGCUCAGUCAGGGAGUUCUUUAAAGAUGGCCGGAGCGGCGGCGGCGGCCGCGACUCCCGUGUACUGCGUGUGCCGGGAGCCCUACGACGUGAGCCGCUUCAUGAUCGAGUGCGACAUCUGCAAGGACUGGUUCCACGGCAGCUGUGUUGGGGUAGAGGAGCACCAUGCUGUUGACAUUGAUCUAUACCAUUGUCCCAACUGUGCAAUCCUUCAUGGACCUUCUCUAAUGAAGAAGAGGAGGAAUUGGCACAGACAUGACUACACGGAGUUGGAUGAUGGUUCCAAACCGGUCCAGGCUGGAACACGAACCUUUGUUAAACAGCUGCGGGCUCGCUCUUUCCCAAGUGCUGAUGAAGUCAUUUUGAAAAUGCAUGGCAGCCAGUUGACACAAAGAUAUUUGGAGAAGCAUGGGUUUGAUGUUCCAAUUAUGGUUCCUAAAUUAGAUGGUCUGGGGCUCAGACUUCCGCCGCCAACUUUCUCCGUUUUAGAUGUGGAACGCUAUGUAGGUGGUGACAAAGUGAUAGAUGUAAUAGAUGUAGCAAGACAAGCAGACAGUAAAAUGAAGCUCCAUAAUUAUAUUAAAUAUUUCACAAAUCCUGACCGACCAAAAGUAUUGAAUGUGAUCAGCCUGGAAUUCUCAGAUACAAAGAUGUCUGAAUUGGUGGAAGUACCAGAUAUUGCCAGAAAGCUUUCAUGGGUGGAAAACUAUUGGCCAGAUGAUUCUGUCUUCCCUAAGCCUUUUGUUCAGAAGUAUUGUUUGAUGGGUGUCCAGGACAGCUAUACAGAUUUUCAUAUUGAUUUUGGAGGAACAUCAGUUUGGUACCAUGUUCUCUGGGGUGAGAAGAUAUUCUAUUUGAUCAAGCCUACUGAUGAAAAUUUGGCUCUGUAUGAGUCUUGGAGUUCAUCUGUAACCCAGAGUGAAGUAUAUUUUGGGGACAAGGUUGACAAAUGUUACAAAUGUGUUGUGAAGCAAGGACACACUUUAUUUGUUCCAACAGGCUGGAUUCAUGCUGUGCUCACAUCUCAGGAUUGUAUGGCUUUUGGAGGAAACUUUUUGCACAACCUCAACAUUGGCAUGCAGCUCAGGUGUUAUGAAAUGGAGAAGAGGCUAAAAACCCCGGAUCUUUUCAAAUUUCCUUUCUUUGAAGCCAUCUGUUGGUUUGUGGCCAAAAAUUUACUGGAAACUUUGAAAGAACUGAGAGAAGAUGGUUUUCAGCCUCCAAGUUACUUAGUGCAAGGAGUGAAGGCUUUACUUACUGCUUUAAAAUUAUGGAUGAAAAAAGAACUUGUAACAGAACAUGCCUUUGAAAUUCCAGACAACAUUAGACCUGGGCAUCUUAUAAAAGAGCUUUCAAAAGUGAUUCGCUCUGUAGAGGAGGAAAACAGCAAACCAGUUAAAACUCAGGGAAUUCUUGGUGUAUGUCCAGCUUCACGGUCAACACAUGAAAGUACCUCCCCUCACCAUUCCAGACGAAGGGUGAGGAAACUCCGAGACCAUGCUACUAAAACUCCUUCUAAUCUGGACAUCCUGGAACUCCACACAAGGGAGGUCCUGAAAAGACUGGAGAUGUCACCAUGGGAGGAGGAUACAGCAAACUCGAAACUGAACGGGAGAUUUAACAAGCCUUUUCAGCCAUCUUCUACAGUACCUGAAUGGCGAACGAAAGACAAUGAUCUUCGCCUUCUGCUGUCAAAUGGAAGAAUAAUUAGAGAUGAGAGACGGCCGUUUACAGAUCGAAGUCUUUACACAGCAGAUAGUGAAGAUGAAGAUGACAGGACAAGGUCGAAAAAGACGACUGUUAAGAUAGAAGACCAGACCUCAGGAUUUGAAAGAGAUGGGAAUGCAGAUGCCCAGAAACCACUGAACAUGUUCUUUGAAAGUGUGAAAUCAGAACUCAGGAAUGGAUCCUCAGAGUACUCUGAUAUUUCUGAUUCAGAAGAAUCUGAGCCUGAUUGCACUACACAGCAGAAGGAUUCCUCCACAGAGGAGUCAGAAAGCUCAGGUGAUGAAGAGAAACAGGAAGUAACAUCAAAUUUCAAAGAGAAAUCCAAGGUUACGAGAGACCUUUGUCAAACUACCCAGAAGCCAUCUAGAAAUGAAACUCCCAGUAAAAAGGAAUGUCCUACCUCGACAAGUACAGAAGAAGAAGCUAUUCAGGGCAUGCUUUCUAUGGCAGGAUUGCACUAUACUACAUGUUUACCAGGUCACACACAAAGCACAGACUGCACAGAUAGAAGACUCUCUCUUCAGGAACACAGAAGCUACCCCAAAAGUAGGCAUAAAGACAGGCAGCCAUCUCAGAGCCACAAAACAGUAGAAUGUGGUAGGUCUGUGAGGGAAGAGGAAAGAGACCUGGGGACUUCAGCAUGGGCUAGACAGCUGAAUGAAUCUUCCAGGAUUACCCCUCAGGAUACAAGUAAAACACAAAAAUAUGUCAAGAAAGAGAGUAUGUCAGAAGCUGGUCAUAAGAUUCAGGAAAACAGGAAUAUAGUCUACAACAGUGGCUUGAGUUUUCAGCAUGGCAAGUAUACUCGAGACUCCAAUCUCGUUCAAGGAGAAUGCCGGCUGAGUGAUGGCAGUCUUAGUCCUGACAGGCCAUAUGGUGAAACAUCCUUGUCUGUACCGCUUCAUCCAACCAAGAGGCCAGCAUCAAAUCCACCCCCUAUCAGCAACCAGGCGACAAAAGGCAAACGUCCAAAGAAAGGAAUGGCAACCGCUAAACAGCGCCUUGGGAAGAUCUUGAAGCUGAACCGAAAUGGCCAUGCACGCUUCUUUGUUUAAUGUAGCUGCUACUUCUACUACUGCGGUCUUUCCUACACAGACCAGUAUUGAGGUCAACAGAGCCUGGAGCUGCUGUUAAUCCUCUGCUUGAAGCAGACUUGCAUGUACCAUAUAAAACACUGCCUGAUGAACAAAAAAAAAAAAAAAAAAAAAAAAAAAAAAAAAAAAAAAAAAAAAAAGAAAAAGAAAAAAAAAUACCCAAUGCUGCAUUUUCACUGUGCCACACCUGCUCAGCAAUAACCAUAUGGGAACGGGGAAAUCUUCAGAGAGACAUGGACUGAGAAAGUCUCUCAUCAGGGCUUGAAUAUCAUUUGUUGCUGGUAGUGUCCGACCUAAUUCAUGAGGGGAAGAUGAUGAAGGUGGUUUAUCAAUAAUUUAUUUCUGAUAGAUUUUGACAACUUUUAAAUUCAUUUUAAAAAACCUAUUUAUUUUGAAGACUUUUUUUGUGGAGGUUAUUAAUUUAGAUUUAAAAAUGUGAAAGUUUUUAAUUGUUUUGAUAAUGUAUGUUUGGUGCAGUGGAGAGCCACAUUAAUGGUGAUUAGUCUGGACUCCUAAUUUGAUAUUCAGGUUAUAGUCUUAAAUAGGGAUGAGAUGCAUUAUUAAUUAUUUUUAAAUUAAGGCAUAUGGAAUCUUAUUUUUUCCUGCUCUUUAUAAGCUAUUGGCUGGGCUUCUGUUGACUUGUAAGGUUCAUAUUCUCUGCCAGCUUGUUUAUUUUUUGACCUAUCCUCUUUUAUACAGAUUUAUUUAUUUGAUGAAUUAGAAGAGACUCUCCUAAAGACAGAAUAAUCUUCUUAUGUCAGUCCAGUAGCUAGCUUGUUUUAAACUGCACCCCUUCCCUUCAAAUAGGAGAUUAUACUUUUACUCCAGGUAUGAUGUUUGAUCUAGCCGUGAUGGUUUUCUCCUGUUUUUUCUUUCUUUUUUUUUUUUUUUUUUUCCCUUUUUUUAAAUAGGCUCCCUGAAAUUGUAUUUAUACAGAUUAUUUAAAUGCUGGUACAAAGGAGGGAAUCUUCAUAUAUCUUAUUGGAGGAAUGGGGAGAUGAGUUAAGAUGCAUAUUUCUUCAGAAUAAUUAUCCUGAAAUAACUCUUUAACUCCUUAAGAUAGACAUUGCAGUCUUAAGAUUUGGCAUAUUACUUAAUGUAGCAUGGAAAGAGCAUUAAAAUAUUAUUAUUGUACUUUAAAUACAUUUUACUGAGGAGUCAGGAAGGCAGGAGAAUGUGUGUUGCUUUCAAAGCUGGAUGUGACAGCCAAUUAAAAGUCUUAAAUGGUGCAUAUAUAAGCGUUAAGUAGCUUGCUGGUAUCAGAAUGAUCAUUUGUGUCAGACUUCACACAGAGCUGAUAGCAAAUGCCAAUUCUGAAUUAUUGUAAAUAACUUUGAUUUAAAAUUUGUAUUUUUCUGUAAUAUAAAAUUAAAUAUUUAACUUUGGGGGAAUGGGAGUGAAGGUGGAAAUGGGAAUAGUUUUACUUGAUUCUGGAAAAAGGGCAUUUUGCAGGGUCCAGCCAAAAUGAAAACAUUUAAUAUGCUAGUGUUUUUUUUUUUUUUUUUUUUUUUUUUUAAUGCUUGCUAAGAGUAAAAUUACUCAGGCUUAGCUAUCCAUUUCAUUGAAUUGUUUUGAAUUUAAAUACCUGUUUUUCCUUCCUCCAUAUUCUAUACUGGAGUUUUCUCUUAGUGUAGUUUAAAAACAAAUUCAGUUUGGCUUUCCAGAAUAUGGUGCAAAGUUAUUUUUAUCUAGACUAGAUUAUGAAUGCCUUUAGAAAUUUAUAGAGAAAGUUCUGAUGUCAGGUGUUUUUCAUUACUGCAGAGUCAAAACUGUUCAGCACUAUGCUAUCUUGUUUCUAAAUUGAGAAAUAAUCAAAAUGCAAUGGAACUGCAAAUAAGUCAGGUAACUUUCAUGGCUUAACUUCCUCCAGAGCUUGAAAAUGGUAUCUUAGAGUAUUCUUUGCAGUCCUGCUUUUACAUUUUGUUGACUUGACUUUACAGGAGUGUGUGUGUGAUUUUUUUUUUCUUGUCUAAUUAUGGUUUCACAAAACUAGGACCCCCCUAGUUGGCAGUGGAGAUAAGAUUACUAUAUAGCAGAAGAUAAGCUAACAGUUUCUAUACAGAUUCUGAAAGUGGCUAUAACUACUUGCUUUUUCUCAGGUGCUAUAUUUGCCAGUUGGAAAUAGUCAAGAGAGAAUAUUUAAACUGUCUUCUCAUAUGUAUUAUCAAUAUAAUUUAAAAUUAUAUGCCCUUAUAAAUAUUCUCUUUGUUUAUACUUGAGCAAAUUGGUUCAUACCUGUCAAGCUUUGAAAACCGUUCUAGCUUUAGCAUAUAGAGCCAUACUGCUUUCUUCUUGCUGGCUGUUUAAGUUUUAAAUGAAGAAAAUUCCUGGUUAGGGCAGCAAGCAAAAUCAGAGGGGGAUGAAGAAAGAGCUCUCCUUAAAGGCAGAUUUUUGAGGACACUAAUCUGAAGUAGAAGUAUAUGCCAGAAUAGAAUCUGGAGUAAGGAAUUUUGAAAUAUGAAUUAUACCUUCUUGCUGUCUAUGUGACAUAUAAAGGUCUCUCUUCUGACAAUCUUCAUUAUUUAUCUGUAUCUUACUGUUGGAACACAGACUUGGCUGGACCCAUAUAUAUUAUUUUAUCUUUUUUUCUUUCUUUCUUUUACUUUCUUUCUCCUUUUUUUUCAAAGUGGCUCUCCACUGUCGUGAGUUUACGUUAUAGUCUCUUCAUAGGCUGUCAAGAGGCAGAGGUCCAUUACCAUUUUCUCCAGAUACCUGUGCUUCCACCAGAAGUCUGCUUUUAAAACAUUGAUGUUCCACCUCAAAAAAGGUUAUUUGAAAGAAUUUGACAUGAUAAGCUAGUAUUAAAAAAAAAAGAAAAAAAAGAAAAAAAAAAGAAAGAAAAAAGAAAAAAAAAGAAAAGUCUCCUGGUAGCUAUGGAGAGGAUAUGGUGACCUCACUUGAUCUGUGUACUUGUAUGUAAGAAUAUUUUUAUUGUGUUCUAGAUGAAAACACUACUGCACCGAUCUUUUUGUAGAUGGACUGAACUUUGUGUUGUAGUAGUGGAGAGAGAAAGCCCUAUAUGUAUUUUUUUUUCUUGAUGUCACAUUUUAGGGAUGGAAAAGGGUUAUGAGGGAGGGAAUAGGGAACACUGAAUGGACAACCCAGAGAAUUAAGCCUGCUACGGUAACUCAUUUUCAAGGAGAAUAUUUUCAAAAAAAUCAACCUGGAUUUGACAUAAAACUUUAACUUUUUUUUUUUUUUGUUGACAGACAGACAGAACAAUAGGAAAUGGAGUAGUUAGGAGUUUUACCAUUCUCUAAGUUCUCAAGUUAAAAAAAAAAAAAAAAAAAAAAAAAAAAAAAAAAAAAAAAAAGAAAAUGAAAAGACCACCUAGAUACUCUAUCAAAGAUUCUUCCAGCAACUUUCCCUUUUCUCCUCCUAGUAUACUUGCUAAUAAACCCUGGCUACAGGGUAGCCUUUAAUGACCUCUGAGGUAGAUUACCUAUGCAAUCUAUAAUACUCUACAUGAAUCCAUUCUUAAAAACAAUUUUGAAAGGGUUAGAUGUUUAGAGUUACAACUGUUACUUUCUGAUCACAUAGAGGUUUGGGGGGUUUUGUUUCUUCUUUUUUGGGGGAGGGAGUAGUUGAAAUUCUUGUGUUACCUUUAAUGGAGAUAAGAGAGCACAGUGUCAUGAUCACCUUUUAGAGAACUUCAGCUUUCCCUAGGCUUUGCUGUGUGGCAUAAGCUAUCCUCAUUCACAAGACCAUGAUGUUGUAAAUGUUGAAACUUUUUGCGAGAGUUCAGAGUCAGUGCUGAAAUGCAUCUUGCUAACCCCUGUUUGGUAAUCGUGGAGACUAAGAAGAGCUGAAGCCAGAAUGAACUGGUACUAUAACUGGUGCCCUCUUUAGGCUCCGCAUGUCCAUGUCUCCCUUUAUCGCCCCAGCCCAGAUCUAGUGUCUUUUCAGAGCUCAUUCACGUAAUACUUCCAGACCAUUAAAAGCUGUUUGUGGCUGCUGGGAUUGAAUGAGCCCAGAGCUGCUCUGUUUUACAGAAGAAGUAUAAAUGGAACCAAGGGCCUUACUGUUUGUGGUUAAACAAGAUUAAAAGCUGCAACAUCCAUUUUUCCAGGAAAAAGAAAAAAGAAAAAAAAAGGAAAAAACCCAAAUAAUCCAACUUUUGAGAACAAAUGAGUGAUAAAUCAUGCAGUGGAUAGGAAAUAUAAGUAGCACUGAUAAGGAAAUGCAUGUUCUUCACAUACUGCAUUUCUUUUUGGAAAAAGACUUUUUUCUACUUUAAUAUAAAUUAAGCCAUAAGAGUUUCAUGUUGUGGGAAGGGAAUGAAAGGGAUCACUUUAAGAGAUUAUAUUGAUAUGUAUUGUCACUUCUGCUGGGAAAUGUCUAUUGCUGCCAAUUCCUUGGCAUAUCUUUCUUUAAAAAAAAAAAACAAAACAUGAAAUUUGAAAAAGAGGAUAGUUCUUGGCUAUAUUUGCUAGUUUUGUAGUAAUGUUUUGCUGGCCUGUUUGUCUUUUCCUCUCCUUUUUCUACUUGCAUAGUCUAAUUUCUAUCUUUCUUUCUAAUGUCUCUGAAAAUAUUAGCUUGUAUGCUCAAUAGGGGUCGGUGUAUGUGUGUCUUCCUUUUUAAAGAAACGCACUACUGUGUUAAGUAUUUGGCUGGGAAAUGGGAUGCUGCAGCUUUAAGAGCAUUUUUUCAAUUCAUAACAGUAUUUCCCAUCCUCUUUUGCCUGCAGGCAGGGAAAGUGUAUGUACAGUAUUUAUUUUGUUUCAAUUUUACUUUAAAUUUGUAAGUUUCUAUGAGUAGUUCACAUUGAUUAUUCUAGGGGAGGACAAGUGGCUUUGUUUAAAUUUGUAUUUGAUAUUCAUAGUUUCCACUUUCUGUACUUUAAAAUACUGAAAUUAAAAUAUUGUAUUGCUUAUGUUUUGAUUUUAGCACUCUAAAGUGUUUAAUUUUUUCAGACUUCUCAUUUGCUUCAGUGUAAAUACAGAAAGUUGUAUAGAAUGUCUUAAGGAGAAAAAUGCUUUCCUAGUUCUGAUUUCUGUGCCCUUUAUUCAUUGCUUUUUUUUAAGAUGACUUGUUGGAGAAAUGUGAGAAGGAAUAUUCUCAUAUUCUUUUUAUUGCUCAAAGUGCAAAUUUCAUUUCAAUCCAAGUAUAUUACAAGCAACUAAGUGCAUUUUGUGAAGAUGUAUAUAUUCUUUUUGAAUCCUAAUAUAUAAGGGGAGAUGGGGAUGUUCUGUGGUUUGUCAUAUUAGACGUCUAGAGAAAUAGAUAUAAACUGUAAGUAGAGUGUCAAAUGUUUUUUUUGUGUUCUUCUUGCUCUUGGUUUUUGUUCAGAUUUGCCUCAUGCUUCUUCUGACUGACUCAUUUCUCAGUUCUUUUUUCCUUAAGUAGUGUGCUGUUCCCAGUAGAAGAGAUUUCUUUUGCGUCCUUUUGCUCAUUUUGUCUUGCUUGCUUUUAUCCUGGGUGGCUUCUCUGCUGGUUUCUCCCACAGCAUGUCAGCUUCUGUUCUACAGUCUUCAGUGCUCCCUGUUUUGACUCCAUAUGACAGUGCAGUAUUUCUGAGUGGAUGCUCUCCUUGGGGGUAAUUGAAGCAUUACUGUGUUGUGUUCAGACUUAGUGUAAUGCAUUUUCUUCUCUGGCAAAUAGUGUGCAAUGCUACUGAGCUUCAGCGCUACAUGUGGACAGAUGCUUAGGUUCCAGUGAUGGCUGUUUUAUGAGAGCCUUGGAGAAAUGAUGCGGCAAUGGAAUUGGAAGAACCAGGUGACAGAAGAAGUGUUUUUCCUGGGAGGCCCUGAAUUUAUGCUUUUAUUACUGGUAAGUAAUGUCAGCUGUCUCAAGCCAAAAGUUAAUGAGGACUAAAAUGGAAAAGCUAGAAUGAUAUUGUUACCUGCUUUGAUACUAGCAGACAUUUUAACCACAUUUGUUUUUACAUCAGCCAACAACUAAAAUAUUCGCCUGCAGUAGAACUGGCUGGUGGUAAGACAAUGAGUGAAAUCUUUCAUUGCCAGAGCUCAUAAUAUUCCACCCUGCAGCAGAUUCAUAAGUCUAUUUAACUUUGUCUAAACUGAGGUCUGAUUUCUUUGAAGCCAAUUUUAUUCAGUCUUUAGAAUAAGUACUGCAAACCUGAAGAAUUGUAUUUGGCUUAGUAGAUCUAUUUGUCUGUACUGUUCCUACUGUAUUUACUUUGGUCUUGGAAAAAAUAUUCUUCUUUGGAACGUACAAGUCAACUAAAAGUACCGUAUACAAA